ACUCGAGUACGGUACGGUACUCGUACAAGUAUGGGGCGCUCGGACACGCACCGGAUUUUUUGCCAUGCGGUACAAGUUGUUUUUGCGGAUCCCUGUUUCUGGGUGCUUCCUGCCUGCAAAGAGUUCCUUUGGUGGUAGCUACAGUAGGUUGGGGAGAGACAAAAUGGCAUGCAGUUAGUCUAAGGUCCCUCCCUGGUCCUCCCCCUGAUGAUAAAGCUCCAUUCAUAUUGAUAUCCCUCCCACCCUUCGUGCCCCUUCCUCCUCUACCACCACAACCACCACCACAACCACCACCACUACCACUGGUUACCAUUCUCGUACACUACAUUACCUUCUCCAAGCUCAAGUUCCGCUACAUAGCCGUGUAGGUAAAGUAAUUAUCCUUUCCUGCGUCAACCGGCCAUCCUGCAUCCGCAGGAGAUGAAAAGACAGAAGGAGGGGGAAAGAAAUUAAAAAAAUAAUACUGAAUGCCAAACUAAGGAUACCACUGGAUCAAUGUCUGCCACGACUACCACCACCACUGCCGCUCAGGGCCACGCCCAACCGAUUACUGCAGAAAAUAUUCUCCACCUAUUCCCUGAAAUUGAUUCAUCCCUUGCUGAUACUGCCACCAACGGGGGGGGCUCUGGAGAACUUCAAGGCUACGACGAGGAGCAAGUUCGUUUGAUGGAGGAAGUUUGCAUUGUGUUGGAUGAAGAUGACAAGCCAAUUGGAUGUGCAUCCAAGAAAGUUUGUGAGUUUUAAACUCGACCUAGCUUUCAAGCUUCUAGAGCUAAGGGCUAACCAAAACUACUUUAGGCCAUUUGAUGAAAAACAUCGACCUCGGACUCCUCCAUCGUGCUUUCUCUGUCUUUUUGUUCGACCCAGAGGAUGGCCGCCUCCUUUUGCAGCAGCGUGCAGAUGAGAAGAUCACCUUCCCUAGUAAGAAACCCUCAAUCAUCUCUCCUCAAGCCUUGAUAGACUAACCUGCCUACUUUACACCUCAAACUAGCCAUGUGGACCAACACCUGCUGUUCUCACCCAUUGGGUAUUCCCGGCGAGACCGGAGCUGAUCUUUCGGCCGCUAUCCAGGGUGUCCGUCGCGCUGCCCAGCGUAAGCUCGGCCAAGAGCUCGGAAUUCCUUCAGGUCAGGUCCCAUUGGACUGGUUCAAGUUCCUAACUCGUAUACACUACAAGGCUCCAAGUAAUGGUUUGUGGGGGGAGCACGAAAGUAUAUAAUCCAUCUUUAGCUAAGCGAUAAUUCCUACUAACCUCUACACAGUUGACUAUAUCCUCUUCAUACAAGCAAAGGUCGAUCUAAACAUCAACCCUAACGAGGUCCAAGCCUACAAAUAUGUCAGUGCAGAUGAGCUCCGGGAGAUGUUCAAGGAUGAGAAGCUCUCCUUUACACCAUGGUUCAAGCUCAUUUGCAACACGAUGCUCUUCGAGUGGUGGUCGAACUUGGACAACUUGGAUGCCUUCACGAACGAGACUCAGAUUAGAAGAAUGUAAAUGGCACCAUCCGAGAUCCACGUCGUAUAUUGGGUGCCGUACCCUCAACCACCUUCUUUGGCUGCUCUUGUUGUCGCCAUUCCACACUCUGUAUUGUAUAGGGUAGGUGGUAAUAAAACAUGAAUUCGACAUUCAUCCGAUUGUUUCUAUCGCGGGAGAUUUCUCCGUGAUGCCCAUGUACCUCCCACCAAUUGGACGUGGUCUCCACUUGUCACUUUUGCUAGCAGCCGAGACAUGAGGACAUAUUGAAACAUAGAUCGCAUAUCCUAGCGAUAUUUAACUACCGGUAGGAUAAAUACCAGUGUAUGGAAUAGGGGACCGAAAAUAGUGCCUUGGUUUGAUCAUGAGCAAAUACUGCUUCCCCCAAAGACUACAAUCACACCAUACUGGUAGCCGGUGCCAAGGUUACCGGUACAAGUACUUGAAUACCGGUACUCGUGGUGGAAAGGAAGCAUUUAGUCACUGCGGCACAAACGUGGCAUUAUUAUUAUUAUUAUUAUUUGCUAGGUCCUCAACUUUAUUUGCACCAUUAAAGCUGCCGGAGAAAUCGUGGCAAAUGCCCAAAAGCACGGCCCACGAAACCCCUUAAACAAAAGAAAACUUCUCUCCCCUUAAAACAAAUAAACGGUAGAAUGACAUGCAAUCACAUCACAAUCGAAAACAAUUCAUAGUUUAUGAAGCCAGAUCGGCCUGUCCCAUAAAAGGGAAAUCCCCUAACAGCAUAGUAAGGGCUCGGUUCGGUGGGGUCAGGCGUCGUCUUUGGGCACGAUUGCGAUUGCGAAGCCGUUACCACGCUGGAAGCCGAUGGCACUUUUAUCACUCGUAGUUUUACCUUCUCACCAAUCACAUACCGGUACCGUAGACUAUGUAUCAUACACCGGCCGAGCCGGUACUCUUGGCGCCAGUGCGUAAAAAGGGCUUAAGGGAUGACUUCCCCCAAAACACCACAACCGAACCAUACAAAGCAAGAAUUCUUCACGAAGGAGGAUGUCUACCCCCAUGAAUUCAUGAUCUACCCUUGUAUGCUCUGGGCGGCCAAAGAGCUAGGCAUUGGAGAGACGAGAGUAAGGAUGAGCAUCGGAUGGAGAUGGAGAUGAGAUGGGGAGAUGGAGAUGGAGAUGAGCGAGCGCGUGACUCGCGGUUUGGCGAUCCAAUAGAACGCUGGGCUCCUACGGUGUGCCAUACAGUAAGGUGCCCGGUACCACAAAUACCUCCAAUCACCGUACUUUGCAAGCACGAUACCACUAUCGCUUCCAUACUCGUACCGCAGUUAACUUCACUCGUGCCGGUAAUUUACUGUGUGGGUCCACCAACCCGAUCCCCUCCUUACUCGAGUAACGCCUCAUUUGA